AGGCGGGAAUUCUCCCUCUCUCUAAAUUCCAUACGUAACUGCAACCAGGCCUAAUUGCCAUGGGGAUCGAUCCCUCUUUCAGUAUAUUAACAGUACGAAUUCCACUCCCAAUAUACACAUAUUCAUACACACAAUCACUGAAAUUUAACGCUCUAACAGAAAAAUGGAAAACUCUAAUGGUGAUGUGAAGGCCCAUAUAUCUGCUGUUAUAUUUGAUUUGGAUGGAACCCUAUUAAGCACAGAGCAAGUGACAAGGGAUAUUCUGAAGGAUUUCUUAGCAAAAUAUGGUAAGAUGCAGGAGAAGGAGAAGGAGAAGAAGAGAUUGGGUAUGGUCAACAAAGAAGCGGCAAUUGCCAUUGUCAAUGAUUAUGAACUUCCGCUCACGCCUGAACAGUUUACCCUAGAAAUCAUGCCCAUGUACCAUGGUUUAUGGCAACAAGCCAAAGCACUUCCGGGUGUUAAUCGUCUUAUGAAACAUCUUCAUAAGCAUGGAGUGCCGUUUGCCCUUGCUUCAAACUCUAUAACAAAAAAUAUUGAUGUUAAAAUUUCUCACCAUGAAGGUUGGAAAGAAAACUUUACAACAAUUCUUGGAAGUGACCAAGUCAAGUCAGGGAAACCCUCCCCAGAUAUGUUUCUGGAAGCUGCAAACAGAAUGAAUGUAGAUCCAGCCCAUUGCCUAGUGAUAGAAGAUUCCCUCAUUGGUGUCAAAGCAGGAAAGGCUGCUGGAAUGAAGGUUGUGGCUGUGCCAUCACUCCAAGUAGAAGCUCACUUAUAUUCUAUUGCUGAUUCCAUACUUCAUUCGCUUCUAGAGUUUCAACCACAACUAUGGGGUCUUCCACAAUUUGGAGACUGGGUUGAUAAUACUUUGCCAAUUGAACCUAUUCAUAUAACAGGUUUAUUUAGCAAUGGGCUUCUCCUGGAAUAUGAAGAUGGUGGAUGGUCUGCUCUUCCUGAUCAAGUUUGGGGACUCUACAUUGGAUGGGCAAAAUUUGACGAACAGAAGGUGUCCAAGGCUAUAAUCAGCCUAGGAUGGAACUUGAAAUGUUGUGAUUCCAGGAGAAAAAUUCAAGCAUGUCCCGUUGAGUUUAGCUAUGAGAGCAUAAAUGACAGUAAGAUGCAGCUACUGCUUGUGGGCUACCUUCGAAGAUCAUGUCAUGUGGUAAAAAAUUAUUUACUCAACACACUGUGACUUAAUCAAUGAUAGUCGUGGUUGCACUGUUAUAGCGGGAACAUUAGUUUUCACUCAUCAAAUCAGAUGAGUCAUUUGAAAAUGAUCUCAUAAGUAGAAAGAUUGACACGCAUUGUGUUUAGGUUUAUUCAUCAUAUAAUUUGCUCUCUCUUGAUUUCCUCAUCCUGUCCACCCGUACAAGCACACUGUGCACACACAUCAGACUUGAAUAAAUUAUCUUGUGUUAAUCAUGUUGUCAUAAAAAAUGAAAAAAUGAAAAGAAAAGAAAAGAAAAGAAAAGAA